GUAGUGCUCCGAAAAGAUGACCAGCGGGGGGCGCCGGCAGACAACCACCGAAGAACACAUGACGCGAGCCGGAAGUGCAGCCGAAGAAACAGAUUAGCUUGAUUAGCUUGAAGGCUAUCUCCUGACAUGACGUGUACACGCUGAUCAGUGCUUCAAUCGUGUUUGCCUGAUUGGGCGUGGAAGAUGGCGUUGAUCGAGGGUGUGGGAGACGAGGUGACGCUGUUGUUUGGGGUGAUGAUCGUUUUCCUGGUGCUGCUGCUGGCCUGGAUCUCGACCCGCACAUCAGAACCGCUGGAUCACCUGUUGGACUCAUCUACAAGCUCUACCCUUCCUCAGAGGACCCCCCACCAGGACGUGCCCUCAACCUCUGCUGGCGAGAGCCACACGACCGGGACUCCUCCCCUCGCCGUCUCUCCCGAGGAAGUUAAAGAGGAGGGCGAAGGAAGUAUACGGGAGGCAGCGGAGGAUGUAGAUGCGGGGAGAAGCGACGAGGACUCCCAGAGAAACAUGGUAGUCAGACUGAAGUUCUUGAACGACACAGAGAAAACAGCACGGGUCAAAGCUCAGGACACCAUAGGAUACAUUAAAAGGACCUACUUUGCGGGCCAAGAGCAGCAGGUGCGUCUCAUCUAUCAAGGCCAGCUGCUGCAGGAUGACACCAUCACACUGGAGUCCCUCCACUUGGCUCACAACUGCGUGUUGCACUGUCACAUUUCUCCGCACGCCACACGGGCAGCGGUGGGGGCGGGCCCUGCAGACCAGGUGCAGGUGGCACUCAAUGUGGGGAGCCUCAUGGUCCCGCUGCUGGUUCUCAUGCUGUCGGUGCUUUGGUACUGUCAGAUUCAGUACCGUCAGUUCUUCACGGCACCCGCCACCGCCUCGCUGGUGGGAAUCACCAUUUUCCUCAGCUUGGUGGCCUUCGGCGUUUAUCGCCGCUAGCUGCUGUUUGAUUGGUCCGCCUCGGUGACCUCGUUGGAUUCUACAUACUGUCUGUUGCUGUAGAAAAUGGGUGUGGCGCCAGGAAAGGGAUGGAUGUUUUGAUUAUUGUGCCUCCCGUUUUCUCUGCUCGGUUGUGGCGGACUAAACGGGUCAAAUGAAUGCAUGGAUGUUUGUCCACUUUUUGAUGAUAUUAAAGCAUUUAUUUAUCUUCACUGA